AUGAAAUUCCACCGCAUCAACGGCAAAGUCCGAAAAGUAGAUGACAAUGACGACGCUGCAACGACAGCUUCCGGUGCUGCCCUCAUCGAAGUCCUAAACGCCAACCCGCCCAACGCGCAGGAUCCUCUGCGCCGAGGCCUACCUUUCCAGCCGCGGUCAUAUCGGGACUUUAUGCUCUUCGAGGCUCAUUACUACGGCGUGGCCAUGGGCAUGACGCAGCUCUACCGACCCGCAGCCUACUACCUGGCGCGACUGUACGGCUUGCUCACGGGCGGCGGCGGCGAGUUCCCCCUCUUCAAGCCGUCGGCCCUGUGGUAUAGCCAGCCCAUUUGGUACCAGUCCAACCACCUGGCCUUUGUGGCCGACGGGGCCCCCGUUCACUGUCCUGCCUAUGCAGAGUACCUCGACGUUGAGCUCGAGCUCGGCGUUGUCCUCGGCCGCGAGCUCUACAACGCCACGCCCCAAGAGGCGGAGCAGGCGAUUGCCGGGUUCUGUGUGUUCAACGAUUUCUCCGUGAGAAAUGGGCAGAUGGCUGAAAUGGCGAGCGGCUUUGGACCGCAGCACUCCAAGUGCUUCGCCAACAGCAUCUCGUCCAUUGUGGUCUCGGCAGACGAGAUCUUUCCGGUCCUGCACAAGCUGGCGGGGCGAGUCGUGGUCAACGGGGACGUGGUCAGCGAGUGCCGAGCCGACAAGUGGCAGUUCACAAUGGGCGAAGCGCUCGCGCACGCCUCGAAAGCCACGAGGCUCUUUCCCGGUGAGUUCUUUGGCUCUGGAACGUUUCCUGGCGGCGCUGGCAUUGAACAUGCUCGGUUCCGCCUCCAAGUCGGCGAUACCGUGAGGCUGGAGAUUGACGGUAUUGGGAGUGUGACAAAUACCAUUGUCGCCGAGACGUAA